AUGACGAGUAAGCGUAAACGUGAGCGCGACAAUGAAGCUGUGCGGCAAGUUAAGCGUCAACGGCGCCGCAAACGAUCUCGCAGCGAACCUUUAAUGAAUGAUUCAGAUAACGCUGAGAAGCGUCAAGCGCUGAAGCGUUUGUUUGGGAGAUUCUGUUCUGUGGAAAUGGAAAAUGAACAACAGGAUUCUGAUGAGUUGUUUGAUGACAAUGAAAACGAAACAUCUAACGGUUAUGUGGACGAGAACGACGAUCCUCUUCUAGAUUCUGUGCCAGUCGAUAUGGAUCCGGAACAACUUGGUUUUCUGGUGUGCGCUCAGGAGACUCUGCGCUUCCUCCACGGGCGCGGAAUUUCCACCGAGCACCCAGUGUUCACCCGGCUGCGCCUGCGCCUGCUCCGAGGGAUCGGUGAGAUGGCGAUGGCCUGA